AUGAUGGAUAAUGAACAGUACGAUGAACAGUAUGAUGAACAAGGUGGAGGUGAAGAAAUAGAUGGUGACUAUGACAACAACAACAACAAUGAUGAUGAUCAAUACGAUUAUACAACAAGUUCUACCGAUCAACAACAACAACAACAACAACAACAAUAUUAUGACCAACAAGGAGAAUAUGAUUACAAUGCAUUUGAGCCAAUGUGGGUCAGAGCUUUAUACGAUUAUGAUGCUGCCAAUGACUCUGAGAUUAGUUUCAAAGAGAAUGACGUAGUUUGCAUUACCCAAGAUUAUGAAGAUGGAUGGUGGUGUGGAGAUUUAAAUGGUCUCGUAGGAAGAGUACCUGCCAACUAUUUCGAAUAUCUCGAUCAAGAACAAAAUCAAGAUUACUCUAACUUUAGUUCUUCCGAUACCUAUGAUACCAACAACAACAACAACUAUACAUCAAACGAUCAACAAUAUCAACAACAACAACAACAUGAUCAUCAACAAGAUUAUCAACAAGACUAUCAAGGAGGAGAUGAUGAUGACGAAGAUGGAGUAGGGGGAGGAGCUGGUGAUGCACAGAGAAAAGAGAUGCUCAGACAAAAGAGAGAAAUGUUUAAAAAGGAAAUGAAGGAAUUACAAGAUCGAUUAAAAGAUCAAGAAUCCCUCAAGGAUAAAUUGGCCGACGAAAUUGAAAGACUGGAAAAGGAGAAAAAGGUGGCAGAAGAAAAAGCAAGAGUUAUAAAGAUGCUUAGAUUCAUAAAUCUCACUGCAAUCAAGACUGAAACUGAUUUGAACCUCAACGCAGAGGUAACAAAUCAUGCCAGACAAACAGGUAUUGCCGUUACACAAGAUCUACGUGCCCUUCGUACAGCACUAGCAUCUAUUAAAUCACAGGCUGCUAUUGAUCCACCAAAGAAACAAUUUGAUCAACGUCUUGAAGAACUCGAGAAAAAGAUCACUGCCAAUCUCACCAACCUCGAUGCUUGUGAUGGCCUUAAAAAGAUUACCCUAACAGAUGUUACACUCUUUCAAUCAGAGUUUGAAACUUCUUUCCUCAAAGAUACUGCUCUCGAAUUACCACUCCCACCACCACAAAAUUCAAUGGGAGGUGGUCUUGCUCCGUCAGUCUAUAAUCUUCCUCCUCCACCUGGCUCCUCGGUUUCUACCCCAACAACGGGUCUCGCUCCACCUUCAUUGUCUGACAAGGACAAGAGAAAAUCUAUCAAGGAUGCAAAGAAACUAGAGAAAAUGGAGAUAAAAGAAAAGGAAAAGGAGAAAAAAGAAUUAAAGAAAUUAGAAAAGGCUGAAGCAAAAACAAAAACAAAGGAAGAUGAAAACACUGGUCUGUGGAAGCCCUCUAAAAUUAACAAGUAA